GGCUCAUCUUUGGUAUGCUUUUUAAAACCGGAAGCUUGCUCGGACGUUUGAAACCAUUUAUUUCAUAUGAUUAGUUAUCUUCCUAACUGUCGUACAAAUAUGUUGUCUAUUUUCAACUCAAUUCCUACACACAUGGAUUAUAAAGGCCAGAAGCUGGCGGAGCAGAUCUUCCAAGGAAUCAUUCUAGUCUCAGCGGUCAUUGGAUUCGCUUACGGUCUUAUCAUUGAACAGUUUGGGUGGACUGUGUAUAUAGUGUUAGCUGGUUUUGCAGUAUCUUGUUUGCUGACCCUGCCUCCUUGGCCCAUGUACAGACAAAACCCUCUCUCCUGGCAGCCAGCCCUACCAGAGACUACAGGAGAAACCCAGCAAAAGCCCCAGGAGAAUCUCAAGAAGAAGAAGCACAAGUAGAGAAUGACGGUACCAGAUUGCUGAAGAUAUUAUGUUGUCAGUCCAAAAAGUCAUUGUUUGCAGGAAUUAAGAAAAUAAGUUUAAUAGAUACCUUUGUUACAGUGUAUUACAUCAGUGGUGGAUUGUAUAAAUGUCUAAUAAACAUUUAUGCCACUGUGGA